GACCACGCCGGCGCCUACCCAGUGGGCGUCUCCUGGGACUUCGAGGUGGCCGAGAACGAGGGUCACGUCACCUGGGAGUGGGAGGUCCGGGAGCUGGACGGCACCCGGGGCGGCGCGGCCCCGGUGCAGCUCGCCUACCCCGUGCACGUGCCCCUGCUGCCCCGCGGCCUGCUCGACUCGGUGGAGGCCGGCGCGCGCGCCACGCCGUUCCACGACAUCCGCGGGCCUGCCAGGCCCAUUGCGGGCAAGAGCUGGGUCCUGACGUACCCCCUCUUCCCGGACGUGGGGCUGGCGGGGCCCCGGCCGAUCGCCGGCGGGCUGCGGGAGGAGCUGCGGGCGGCGCUGCGCGGCCCGGGCGGCGCCAUGUGGAACGGGAGCAUGCCGGACAAGGACUUCGACCUGCCCCUGAACUACCGGCUCGGGGUGGGCGACACCUACUUCGCGGGGAAGAUGCUGGCCAGGCUGGCGAGGCUCAUCGUGGUCGCCGACGAGCUCGGCGAGUCGCAGGAGGCGUACUUCUCGGAUAUGGUGGGCCGGCUCACAGCCCGUAUGGAGGCCUGGUUCCACGAGGACGCGCAGGCACCGUUCAUCUACGACACCACUUGGGGCGGCCUGCUCUCCUGCGGCUGCUCGUACGACGACUGCGGCGGCAAGUGCGACCCGUACUGCUCCAACGACAAGAAGCCCGCGACGAAUUGCCCUGCCCUCACGUCGGCCGGCAUGAAUUUCGGCAACGCCUACUACAACGACCACCACUUCCACUACGGCUACUAUGUGUACGGCGCGGCGGUGGCCGCCAAGUACGCGCCCGCGUGGGAGAAGAAGUGGAGGGAGCAGAUCCUGGCGGUCGUGCGCGACUACGCCAACCCGUCCUCGGAAGACGCGAGCUUCCCCCUCGCCCGGCACAAGGACUGGUUCCUGGGGACCUCGUGGGCGGGUGGCAUCCCGCAAGCCUACGAGAAUGGUCGGAACCAGGAGAGCACCAGCGAGUCCAUCCACAGUUACUACGCCGUCUAUGCGUACGGUGCCUCUGUGGAUGCUCCGUUCGCCUCGGACCUCAAGGACUUCGGGCGGCUGCUCACGGCAAUGGAGUCCCACGGUGCGGACACGUAUUGGCACGUGCGCAAGUCCACCGGCAUCUACGGGGAAGACUUCCCCGACCAGGUCAUCGGGAUCUUGUGGGACCACGUCGUGGAGCACCAGACCUGGUUCGGGGGAGCCCCGUACAUCGUCAGCGGCAUCCAGCUGCUCCCGUUCGUGCCCGCGAUGGAGAACUACCUCGACAAGGAGUGGGUAGAGCAGGACUCCGCCGUCUACAAGCGGGAGUGCGAGCAGGACCCCGAGUGCGCCAAGGGCUGGUCGUGGCCCAUGUGCCUCGAGCAGGCAGUGCUCGACCCCGCGGCCGCCCGCGAGUGUGUGCACUCGCUGCCGGCUGACGCCUUUGACACUGGCAACGCGGCCGCCAACGGGAACUCCCUGACGAACUCGCUGCACUGGAUCGCCACCCGCCCGGAGGCCGCUGCCGCCUUCGGCGGCGGCUCGGUGCAGGACGCCGCCGGCCAGGGCCCGCUGGUCGCCGCGGAGGACCCCGCGCCUGUGGCCGCGGCCACGCGGCUGCCCUCCACCGAGGAGGAGACCACCACCGCCGCCGCCGCCGCCCCGACGACCCCGACGCAGGCUGCCACCACCAGCGCCGCCAGGACGCGCACCACCACCAGCACCGCCAGGCACCGCAGCGCCCCCGCCGCGGCCGCCGGCGGCCCCGCCCCCGCCGCGGCCGCCGAGCCCGCAGAUGGGCCGGACCGCCGGGGGGCGGCCGGCGAAGAGCCCGCGGGGCUGCAGUCUGGGGACGAGGUGUACCUCCGCGCGCACACGGGGGCCUACGUCGACGUGCAGGGCACGAAGGUCCGCGCGCGGUGGAACAUGAGGGCGGGCUGGCAGCGCCUCACCAUCGAGAAGGAGGGGGGCGGCCCCAUCCAGAGCGACGACACGGUGCUCCUGAAGGCCAACACCCAGGCCUACCUGGACGUGGCGGGGAGCGUCGUGAGCGCCCGGUGGGCCAACCCGCGGGACUCGCAGGAGUUCGUGAUCCAGGGCGGCGGCAAAGAGGGGGCGAUCCGCACUGGAGACACGGUGUACCUCGUGGCGCACACGGGCAACUGCCUCGAGGUGCAGGACAUGGACGUGUUCGCCAAGUCGCCGGCGCAGGAGGCGACGCAGGCCUUCGUCGUGGAGCUGCGCGCGCACGCCGCCCCGUCGACGAUCCUGCAGGACGACGACGACAAGAUCUGGAUCCUGCAGGACGACGGCGACGAGCCGAGCGGGCCGAGCUCCACCCGGGACCCUUUCCUGCGGUGGGCGCAGAUGGGGGUGCUGAGCACGCAGGACAAGAGCCUCCGCGCCGGGGCCGCGAGGAAGUUCGAGGCUUGGCUGCGCGUGAGCGGGACCCUUCGCCGGAGUGACCUUUGGUGUGGGGCCCCCUCGGCACUGGCCGGCGCGCCUGGGCUUGGCCCCUCCCCGCGGCGCCGUGGCAGGACGCACCAAAGGUCUCGGAGAUGGAUAGACCUCCUACCUGACACGUCGAUGAAGGAAUUGGCCGUUCUCGGUUCGCGAGAGGGCGUCGCGGCCGUCGUUUCUGCGGAUCCAGCUCCAUCGGUUUCGGCCCCAGGCCGCUUUCACUGA